AUGGCCCAGAAAUUCACACGCGAUGAAGUUCUUCAUAACAACACCGAAGAGUCUUUAUGGUGUGUCAUUGACUCUUGGGUAUAUGAUCUGACGGAGUUUCUGGACGCUCACCCCGGCGGCCGAGCUGUUCUUCUGCAAGUGGGUGGGAAGGAAGCCACAGACGACUUUUACAACCUUCAUCGACAGGCUGUCUUGGAUAGAUACAGCCACCUGCGCAUAGGUUCCAUUGCAGAUGAGAAACCUCGUGUCCUUCGCCAGCAACCAGGGGAUUUGAGCCCUGUCCCGUAUGCGGAACCGGCGUGGCUGGCUCCACAAUUCCGGAGUCCCUACUAUAACGAAUCUCAUCGACGACUACAGAAAGCGAUGCGUCAUUUCACGGAUACUUAUGUUCGUCCGGAAGCACAGGAGAAAGAAGCAUCGGGACACAAAAUAAGUCAGGAACUUAUACAGCGGAUGGCGUCCGCCAACAUUUUAGCCAUGCGAGUUGGGCCUGGGGAUCACCUGAACAACCGAAGCAUCUUAAACGGGGUGCUUGACGGCAAAGACUUUGAUCCUUUCCAUGAUCUCAUUGUCAACCAAGAACUAGUUCGCGCGGCUGCGCGAGGUUUUUGGGACGGCAACAUGGUAGGCAUGACCAUUUCCUUAACAGCGGUUAUGCACCACUCCAACAAUGCUUCUUUCAGGGACAAGAUUGUUGAAAGUUGUCUCAAUGGCCAAAAGACGAUUUGCCUCGCCGUGUCGGAACCGUUCGCUGGAAGUGAUGUCGCGAACCUCAGAACUGUGGCUGAGAAGACCGCUGACGGGAAACACUACAUCGUUAAUGGCACCAAGAAAUGGAUCACUAACGGAACUUGGUGUGACUACUUUGUCACAGCCGUCAGAACGAGUACUGGUCUUUCGGUCUUGCUUAUCGAACGAGGCGAGGGCGUGGAGACGAAACCUAUCAAAACGGCCUAUUCGGCAGCGGCUGGGACGGCACUAGUAACAUUCGACGAUGUCAAGGUCCCUGUUGAGAACCUUCUAGGUGAAGACGGACGAGGAAUUUAUGUGGUGCUGAGCAACUUCAAUCACGAACGGUGGAUGGUCUCGAGUGCCAGCAUUCGGAUGUCGAGACUUGUUGUCGAGGAAUGCCUCAAAUGGAGUCAUCAGAGAGCAAUUUUCGGAAAGAGGUUGAUAGAUCAACCUGUCAUCAGAGAAAAGCUUGCGAGAAUGAUGGCGCUUGUGGAAGCAACGCAAGCUUGGCUAGAGCACAUCACUUACCAGUUGUCUCAGAAGUCUUAUCAAGACCAGUCUACUGAUCUUGCCGGACCAAUUGGUCUCUUGAAGAUGUAUUCGUCACGCUGCGCGCGAGAGAUUGCCGAACUGGCGGUCCAGAUCUUCGGGGGCAGAGCUCUGACCCAGGGGGGAAUGGGCAAUAUCAUUGAAAUGGCCCACCGUACUUCUGGGUUUGAUUCCAUUCUAGGUGGAUCGGAAGAUAUAAUCGGUGACAUGGCAGUUCGCCAGGCAUCGAAGGUGUUUCCGAAAUCAAUGUUAUGA